CACACCCGCUCCAGAACAACAAACACGGAAGACGACGCCAUCACGAUAUCAAGAUGGACUGGACGACAGUAAAGGUAGCUUGCCUCAUCCUCAAACAUCACGGCGUCUCUGCAUGCAUCGUCGGAGAGCUGGCUCUCAACUACUACAAUGUGCCACGCGUUUGCCAUGAUGUGCAGAUAUGCGUUCCCAAACUAAGCUCCGCCGUUGCGGCGGGCAUACUUUGCUCAACUGGAUUAUUCGAGCCGUUCGAGCAUGAGCAGAAUGCGGAGUUCAACAAUUACGCCCAGUACAAGCAAGGGCUCCCGCACCUGCUAACGAUCAUCAUAUUCUCAGCCUCCUUUUUCGGGCUGGACCCGAUCAAGGAGGUUCUCGUUCAACCAUUCGCAGAUCGCGAUGUCUACAUCAGCAAGGAAACUCAGGGUCUCAGCCGGGACGACCUCACUCAUCUGCGGCUGCCCCGUCUGGCACCGCUCAUUGGUGGAUUGGCCAAGAGGUACCUGGAUACACGAGAUGACGUGUCCAUGAUUGCGUUAGAGCAACUGGUUGACGGUAUGAACCCCGACGAGUCUUGGGUUCAACAGUACCUCGAAGGCGCUGAACCUGCCGUCAGGGCACUGGUCAUGGAUUUGGUUCGCGACAAAAAGUCCAGGAUAGACUAUUUCUCGGAUAACCAAGUCACCUGCUUCAUCAAGGAUGAAAAGGAGGCAGCAAAUCAGGAGCGCCGCCUAGCCCAACCAACGCCCUGUGGUAGCCAGAAGGAUGGAUAG